AAGCAUCAUCUCGCUCUCCCUCUCUCGACACAGAAGAUGCUGAAGCAUUCUUCCCCUCACCUCCGUCUCUCACUCCGCAGUCUCCUCCCUGCGCCCUCCUCUCGCUCUCCCAUAAUUCCGGUUGCCCGAUUUCCUUACCGGCCGGAGAACUGCUUCCGUUCACUCCUUCGCAGCUCCUUCUACCGUUUCGCCGUCGACGAGAAGUCGUUGCCCGCGGAUGCGCAGACGGAGCCUGGAGCAUCGGGGAUUGAGUCGCCGGAUAAGGAAGGGAAUGGGAGUUGGAUAGGGAAGGACGAUUAUCCCAGCGGUGAGCUCGAAUUUCGGCCCUGCGGGCCGUGGAUGAGCUUCUUGGUGAAGCUUCGGAUGCUCUUCGCCUGGCCGUGGGAGCGCGUUCGCAAGGGGUGCGUCUUGUCGAUGAAGCUGCGUGGACCGGUGUCUGAUCAGUUGCAAAGUCGCUUUUCUUCUAGAUUAUCUCUUCCUCAAAUAUGUGAAAAUUUCAUAAAGGCAGCUUAUGAUCCUCGUAUUUCUGGCAUUUUUCUUCAAAUUGAGCCUCUUGAAUGUGGAUGGGGCAAGAUAGAGGAAAUUAGAAGACAUAUACUGGACUUUAAGAAGUCAGGUAAGUUCAUUGUAAGUUAUGUUCCUGUAUGCCGAGAGAAGGAGUACUACCUUGCCUGUGCAUGUGGAGAGUUGUAUGUGCCUCCUAGUGCAUAUAUCAGUUUGUACGGUUUGAAGGUUGAGGCAUCAUUUCUUGGAGGAGUUUUUGAGAAAAUUGGAAUAGAACCACAAGUACAAAGAAUAGGUAAAUACAAAAGCACAGGAGAUCUACUUUCACGCAAGAGUAUGUCAAAGGAAAACUGUGAAAUGCUGACUACAUUGCUUGAUAACAUAUAUGGAAAUUGGCUGGACACAAUAAGCUCUACCAGAGGGAAGCAAAGAGAUGAGAUAGAGAAUUUUCUAAAUGAAGGAAUUUAUGAAGUACAGCGACUGAAAGAAAAUGGGUGGAUUACAGAUAUAAGUUACGAAGAUGAGGUGAUGGAUUUGUUAAAGGAGAGGUUGGGCCAGAAAGGAAAGAAGCUGCUCACAGUUGACUACAAGAGAUACUCAAAAGUUAGAAAUUGGACACUUGGAUUGACAGGAGGUAAAGAUCAAAUUGCAAUAAUCAGAGCUUCUGGAAGUAUAAGUCGGGUUCGUAGUCCUCUCAGCGGUUCUGGAUCUGGUAUUAUUGCAGACAAGUUCAUUGAGAAGAUCCGUAGUGUUAGAGAAUCCAAAAAAUACAAAGCUGUUGUCAUUCGGAUUGAUAGUCCUGGUGGUGAUGCUCUUGCUUCUGAUUUAAUGUGGAGGGAGAUUAGACUCUUAGCUGAGUCUGUACCUGUUAUUGCCUCCAUGUCCGAUGUGGCUGCAAGUGGAGGGUACUAUAUGGCAAUGGCAGCAGGGGUAAUUGUUGCUGAAAAUCUCACGUUAACAGGCUCAAUUGGAGUUGUUACAGGAAAAUUGAAUCUGGGCAACUUAUAUGAAAGGAUUGGAUUCAACAAAGAAGUUAUAUCGAGAGGAAGAUUUGCUGAGCUGGAUGCAGAACAAAGACCUUUCAGGCCAGAUGAAGCUGAGCUCUUUGCAAAAUCUGCACAGAGAGCGUAUGAGUUAUUUAGAGAUAAAGCAGCUUUCUCUCGAUCAAUGAGUGUAGAUAAAAUGGAAGUGGUUGCACAAGGCAGAGUUUGGACUGGUGGUGAUGCUGCCUCUCGAGGUUUAGUUGAUGCUGUUGGUGGGCUUUCACGAGCUGUUGCCAUUGCAAAAAUGAAAGCCAAUAUACCACCUCGCAGACCGGUUAAACUAGUGGAGCUAACAAAGAGCUCGCCUUCUUUGCCUGAGGUCCUUGGUGGUAUUGGAGGUGCCCUUGCUGGAAUUGACAGAUCUGCAAAAGAGUUGUUGCAGGAGUUGGCUUCAUAUGAAGGGGUUCAAGCUCGAAUGGAUGGGAUCAUAAUUGAGGGAUUAGAAGGUGUUCCUUAUGGGAACUCCAUCUUUUCACUGAUAAAGGAUUAUUUUACCUCUUUCUAGUUCAUAGUAGAUAGCCUCAUCAAACAUUUAGUGGUAGCAUAAUUGCUGCAAAAUUUAUUCCACCAUGGUUCUAAAUGGGUGGGGUACAUGUUUCCCAUAUCCCCUUGGUGCAUUUAUGUAAAUGAGUAUUUCAAAUGUCCAAAAGAAGAUGCACUUUACAAUCGAAAAUUGCCAUGUGACGUCAUGGGCUCUGUUGUAUUAUGAACAAUGCAUUUUUUAUAGUUUUACAUUUGCAGAAAUAAUGUAAGCAUUGUAACUGAUGGUGAAACUGUGCUGCUAGCUAACUUUUUCCUAAAAGCAAGAUAUCUUU